AUGGAAGAGGACGACUCGGCCAGUGACUGCAGGGAAAGCAGCUUCAGGAGGCACAGCACCUACAGCAGCUCUCCAGAAUUCUCAGUGAAAAACGAGGCUUUAGCUCAGCUUCCACCCCGACAAGAAGCCUCAACUCAGUCUACAGUGUCCUCUGAGCCAUUGAAAUUUUUGUUUGACCACCACCAAGGACUUCAAGAUCAGCAUCAUCCCUAUCCUGCAUUAGUUCAAUCAUCAAAGAGCUCAGCUCUACCGCCCGUGCCUCUUCCCAAUAUACAAACUUCGCGAAUCCAUGGGAAGGGUCGACGUCAACUUCCAAAGUCUUCUAUGGAUGUUGAAGUUCAGCCUUCACAUCAAAAGGCAACAGACUCACGUCCAGAUUGGGAUGUGGACCUGGGGGUUUUGAUAACUUCCGAGCCCCCUAAGAAGAUUGCACCAUCUGCUACUAGCAAGGUCUCUGAUCAUCAUGCAAAGUCUACCAAAGAAGAACAACCUACAUCCCAGCAGGAGUCCCCAGCUCUGUCUACUUCGGAGGCUGAUGCUAAAGCCCUGAAGCAGACUGCAGCUCCUCCAAAGCACCAUGAGCAGACUGCAGCUCCUCCACUAAAGCCUGAGGUGACAUUUCCACUUCCAGAGCCCGUUCAGGCUCAGCAGCCAACCUUUCCACUGUUGGAACUGGAACUCCCCAUCAUUCCAGAACCUACUUUGGAGAUUGGGGCUACAGCCCUGCAGCAGAAUGCAGCUCCUCCAAAGCACCCUGCGGUGGCAUUUCCACUUCAAGAACCUGUUCAGGCUCAGUGGCCAACCUUUCCACCUGUGGACCUGGGACUCACCAUCACUCCUGACCAUACUUUGGGGGCUGUUGCUACAGCUCUUCCACUAAACCCUGGGGUGACAUUUCCACUUCCAGAGCCGGUUCAGGCUCAGCAGCCAACCUUUCCACCUUUGGACCUGGAGUUCACCAUCACUCCAGAAUCUACUUUGGAGACUGGUGCUACAGCCCUGCAGCAGAAUGCAGCUCCUGCAAAGCACCCUGAGGUGACACUUCCACCACCAGAGACUGUGCAGGCUCAGCAACCAAACUUCACACCAUUUGACCUGGAGCUCACCAUCACUCCUGAACCGACUUUGGAGGCUGAGGCAUCCCUGCAGCAGACUGACUAUACAGCUCCUCCAAAGCACCCUGAGGUGACACCUCCACCACCAGAGACUGUGCAGGCUCAGCAACCAACCUUUCCACCUUUGGACCUGGAGCUCACCAUCACUCCAGAACCCACUUUGGAGGCUGAUGCUACAGCCCUGCAGCAGACCAUUGCUCCUCCAAAGCACCCUGAGGUGACACUUCAACAUCCAGAACUUGUUCAGGUUCAGCAGCCAACUUUUUCUGAAGUCACAGCCACAGUUCUAUCGUUUGACCUGGAAGUUACAAUAACUCAGCAACCAGAGUCAUCAGAGACAGUUCCUCCAAUGACUGAACAGAAUGCCACCAUGAACAUAUAUGAGCUUUGUUCCUACAAUAAUGGGACACUGUCGUGUAUUGGUUUUGGCUCAAACCAGAGGCUCCACAGAGUGCCAGUACCAGAGCCCAGCACCUACAAUGGCACCUUCACCGUCUUAAACUUGCAGGGAAAUGCUAUUUCUUACAUCGAUAAAGAUACAUGGAAGUCAUACCAUUUGGUUGAGAAACUAAAUCUCAGUGGAAAAUUUGAAUUACAUAAAGAUUCAUUUGAAGGCCAGCUUUCCCUCCAGUAUUUGGACUUGUCCUGCAAUAAAAUAGAAUUUAUUGAAAGGAAUGCAUUUGAAUUAUUACCUCUUUUACAAUAUAUAAUUCCCCAUAAUAAUCCCCUGAUGACUCUUCAAGAUCCAUAUCUUUUUAAUUUGCCAGCAUUGGCCCGGCUAGCUCAGUUGGUGGAGCAUGAGACUCUUAAUUUGCCAGCAUUGAAAUAUUUAUACAUGGGAACAACACAAGUGACAUUUACAACACUUGAUAACAUUCUCAUGAUGACUCCUGAAUUAGAAAAACUUACCUUACAUAACCAUUUGGCCUGCUGCCUCUGCCAAUAAAAGACAGUCAAACUGCAUUGUGAUACCGAAUGUCUGACCAACACACCUUGUGAUGAAGAACUCUUAAUAGAAAGACCGCUCAUGAAAGUAUUACAAGGCCGGCAGAACACCAGCACUGAGCUGACAAUUGAGCCAGACAGGGCAUCCUCAAACAAAAAUAGCGACACUGCCUCAUCCCUUAUGAGCCUUCUGAUGAGACUGCUCACUGAGCAGCAGGAAGUAAAGAUGUCCAACGCAGCAGAGUGGGAUGCAGAACAAUGGAAAAAUGAGAGGAUGCAAGCCCCUGGGGAGCAGGAAGAGAAGGAAUCAAAUGAGUUGACAAAAGAAGUGCCAGGAUAUGAGAACUACAAGAAAGUCAUCAUAGCAUCACCUGUGAUUGCAGUAGUAGCUUUUUUUGUGUGUGUAGUUUUCUGUCUCAUUGCGAUUUGUCACAGUAAGGAGGCUACAAAAGAGAGCUCCAGGGGCUCUCUUGCAAGUGUCCAGCAGAACAAAUCAGUAGAAUACUAGCUGGCCAUAUUUCAGAGGAAAAAUGAGCUGAAGUCGCAAGAUACAGCUGAGAAUGAAGCUUUCCUUAAAAUGGAA